CCAUGAGAUUCUUUUCUCUUUCGUGGUAAAACGCAAAAGAGGUCCUUCCUUAUUCGCUUGUGCCGUUUCUUCAUUGCUCAAUUGAUUUUUGUGUGUUGUCUUCUGCAAAUCGAACGAGUGAAGAGCGAAAGAGAAUCGAGAGAGAGAGAGAAGUAUGGGUCCUCAUGGAGAUGGUGACAUCGAGAAUGUUGAAUCGGAGAGUCGUCGUCGACCCAUCUCCACAGUCGUCUUCGUCAUCGCGAUGCAAGCGGAGGCUCAACCUUUGGUCAACAAGUUCGGACUCUCCGAAACUUCUGAUUCUCCGCUUGGUAAAGGAUUGCCCUGGGUUCUCUACCACGGGCUGCACAAAGAUCUUCGAAUCUAUGUAGUCUGCCCUGGAAAAGAUGCUGCUUCAGGGAUAGAUAGUGUUGGAACUGUUCCAGCUUCUCUCAUUACCUUUGCUUCUAUCCAAGCUUUACAGCCUGACAUUCUCAUCAAUGCUGGAACCUGUGGUGCCUUUAAGGUUAAAGGAGCCAACAUAGGAGAUGUAUUCCUUGUAUCUGAUGUUGUCUUCCAUGAUAGGAGAAUACCUAUUCCGAUGUUUGAUCUGUAUGGAGUUGGUCUUCGACAGGCAUUCUCAACCCCCAAUCUCCUCAAGGAACUAAAUUUGAAGAUUGGCAGGUUAUCUACUGGUGAUUCCUUGGAUAUGUCCACGCAAGAUGAAUCAUUGAUCAUUGCCAAUGAUGCUACACUAAAGGACAUGGAGGGUGCUGCGGUGGCCUAUGUUGCUGAACUUCUGAAAGUACCAGUGAUAUUCUUAAAAGCCGUGACCGAUCUGAUCGACGGAGACAAACCGACGGCAGAAGAAUUCUUACAGAACUUGGCUGUUGUGACCUCUGCGCUAGAGGAAACUGCCACUAAAGUGAUCAACUUCAUCCAUGGGAAAACCCUUUCAGACCUCUAACUCUCUACUUGUGCUAUUUUUAUGUAACAACCGUGGUUCUUUAAAAAUGCGUUUCAACAUCAUUCGCAGUGUCACUCACUUCCAGUGAUCUAUAAUAAUAAAAAACUUCAAAACUUUCAGACGUUU